CUAUCCUGAACACAGUCUUUAACCUAUGUUUUCCUGAUUUGAGACAUUAGUUAAGAAAGAAAAUCUUUUUACAUUUUUAUUCAUCCUCUUUUUUUUUCACUAAAUUUUCAGUAUGCAUUGGCUGCAUAAUGUUUCUGUCAAUAGAAAUGCUUUGACAAUCAGUCCUAUAAAAAUAAGUCUUGCUCCAAUCUUCCCUUUAGCUUUGUAUCUUUCGUCUCUUACACUACAGUGUAUUUCGCAUUUCAACAGCCAGUUCAUGUCCGACCUUUGGUAAGUGCAGUUUUUGUUUUCAACCAGUAGAUGACGCCAUUCUCGAAUGGAUGAUGAGGCAGCCAGAGCAUGAGCUUUUUAAAUCUCCUUAUACAUGCUGAAUUAAUGCUAAAUACAACUAAUGACUGUGAGAACCGACCGUUUCACUUUUAAUAUAAUUUUUCACAAGAUAAUAAAAGCAAUCAUUUUUAGAGUUUUCUUUGUCAAAGAGCAACAAACUCUUGCAAUCUCAUGAAGCCAUAUUUUUUAAUCUAAAUGAUACUGGGACUUAAAGAAGUGCAUUUAAGAAUGUAAAACAGAUAGAUAUGUAUUCCAAGCAAUUGGGGGAUGGAAAAAAUCAAAUCAAUGUUAUAAACUGUGACGUGAAACAUCUUAAUUUCACUAAUAAGUUCCUGUUUAAUUGAGAAAACACGACUGUAACAAUUAUACUUUAAUUGAAAUUUUUGGGAUUUUUCAGUGAUAAAUGAUUUUUGAUGAUGAUGAUGAUAAUAAAAUUGUAAUUUAUUUUACAAACACUGUCAUUCGCUUCUUUGGAGCAUUUCGAUUUGAUCUUCCUUAGAGAUAACAAAAUAUCAACAUCUGCAUUUCUAAUUUUUUUGCCAUCCAUCCACAUCAAGGUCUUUUUUCUCUUAGACCUGUGAAGGAGUGCAGUGGGACGAUUGGAGAGUCCGGUGUUAACGUCAUGACGUCAUAAGGGAAGCGUGUGGGAGCCUGUAGCCACUUCGGCCCCCCUCCGGUCCGGAGAGACACAAGUUAUCUGGGAGGCAGCCGAAAGGCCAGUCAUCUCCUCACAUCUUUUUCUGCAUCUACCACAAUCCCCAUUAUCCUUCCUGUAUGGUGGAUAUUAUUUUCAGCUCUUCUUUCUUGGGUGAUAUGGGGGAUCAUUCCAAAAGUAAGUACGCUAAAGUGUUCGGUGGAGUUUUUAGUGGCGGAAUUUGUGUCCGUCGCAGUGUCAUUAUUUGGUGGGGUAUGACAGCAUAUAUUAAGCGGUGCAUCGAUUAAUAGAAUGAUUUUCUUUAAAGAAAUGUAGAUUUGCGGGCUAUUACUUGGUUGUGCACUUUGGACGAGCUUUUAUGAAACGAAACACAACAGUGUUUUGCUUCAUGAAUAUUGGCUAAAGCCAGCAGCUGUUAUAUAACAGCAAAGGCGGUUCUGUUUGCAAAAAGAACAGUUCUCUGGAAAAAUGAGGGGGAAUAGAAUCCUGGCUAUGAGUAAAAAAUAAUAAAUACAACGACUGUGGUGUUAAUUCGGCUGCGUUUUCAGUCUGUGGUUACAAGGCUGUGGGUUCUUUGCAGAGAAGCCAGGAUUCGCGAUGUGUGUAGGAUGUGGAAGUCAGAUCCAUGACCAGUACAUACUGAGAGUCUCUCCCGACCUGGAGUGGCAUGCAGCCUGCUUGAAGUGUGCAGAGUGCAGCCAGUACCUGGAUGAGACCUGCACUUGUUUCGUCCGGGACGGCAAAACCUAUUGCAAAAGAGAUUAUGCUGUUUGGAAUAAAAUGCGCAAAAUGCAACCUGGGAUUCAGCAGCAGCGAUUUAGUGAUGAGGGCUCGGGAUAACGUGUACCACAUCGAGUGCUUUCGGUGCUCGGUGUGCAGCAGACAACUGCUGCCGGGGGACGAAUUCUCUCUGCGGGAAGAGGAGCUGCUGUGCCGGGCGGACCACAGCCUGUUGCUGGAGAGGAGCUCUGCUGGGAGCCCCAUCAGCCCCGGACACAUCCACUCAAACAGACCACUGCACUUGGCAGCAGACCCCGUGGCGGUGCGGCAGGCCCCGCAUCGGAAUCAUGUCCACAAGCAGUCGGAAAAGACAACGCGAGUGAGGACGGUCCUGAACGAGAAACAGCUCCACACGUUGCGGACCUGCUAUAAUGCCAACCCGAGGCCGGAUGCACUAAUGAAGGAGCAGCUGGUUGAGAUGACCGGCCUGAGUCCCAGGGUGAUCCGGGUGUGGUUCCAGAAUAAACGCUGCAAGGACAAAAAAAAGUCCAUCCUCAUGAAGCAGCUCCAGCAGCAGCAGCACAGUGAUAAGACUGUAAGCAUCUUCAAUCUGCAAGGCCUCACAGGAACACCUCUUGUGGCGGGAAGUCCUAUUCGACAUGAGAGCACUGUUCAGGGAAACCCUGUCGAGGUUCAGACCUACCAGCCUCCGUGGAAAGCCCUGAGUGAAUUUGCCCUGCAGAGCGACCUGGACCAGCCAGCCUUUCAACAAUUGGUGUCUUUCUCUGAAUCGGGCUCUCUCGGAAACUCAUCGGGCAGCGACGUAACUUCUUUGUCCUCUCAGUUACCGGACACUCCGAACAGUAUGGUACCCAGCCCGGUGGAGACGUGAAACGAGGCCACACGGACCUAGUGGUCUCCCAACCCAUCUACUACCCCCUACCCCCCACCCCCUCCACCACCACUUCCACCGCCUCUGCAAGGACAAUUUGCAGCACGAACACCAUACCCCUCCUCCCCUGCGCCUACCCGCAUGUGACCAGCUCAUCACAUCAUCCAAACAGCAAGGAGAGCCUUUUUUUCUUUUAUUUCUUGACAAGGAGGAGAUGAUGGAACAAAGAGAGCACCAACUGACUUUUUAAUUUCUUUUAUUUUUUAAACAUUUUUUUAGAUCUCGUUGACAAAAAACAAAACAAACAAAACAAACAAACAAAAAAAAAACAAAACAAAAAAAAAACAAAACAAAACAAACAAACAAAAAAAAAAAACAAAAACAAAAAACGAGCAGAAUAAUUGAUGCAUGACUUGAUAUGGAGAAUAAGUUGUACAGAAGACCUCCCGGUGGACAUACAAGAAACCUUCCCUCAGAAACAAUUGGAACAUUUCCAUAGAUGGACUUUCUGCGGUUUCAGUGUGAUCAUAUUGUGUCUUGUUUCUUCGACAUGAGAAUUUUUUUGAUACAUGAAUUACGUUGUCGAGUCCAGUUUACUCUUUGUCUUAAGGUCAGAGCAUGAUAAUCUGCUAAGUAUUCGUGUUGUAAAAUACUUUAUCUUAAGGACAAGAUACAGAUUGUUUGAGCUUCUCGAACAAAAAGUAAAUUAUUGUUAUAUUAUUUAUUGUUAGGAAAGCGAUUUGUUAAGGGAUUAUUAACUAAUGAA